AUGUCAAAAAUAAUAGAGGAAAUAAACGAAAUAAAAAAGAAAAUAAAUGAAAAGUUAUCUUCUGGGAAAUUAAAAAGGACACAGACUAAUGAAUUUUUAGAAGAAAUUAAAAGUGAUCUCAAAGAACUUGAACAAAAUGCUGAAGAAGGGUAUAAAAAAAUAACCCAGAAUGAUUUAAGUAGAAUUAAAGGGAGGCUCGAUGAAUUGGGAAAUGAGAUUAAAGAAUUUGAACGAGAGUUAAACAAAAAGAAUGAACAGUUAAAUAAAGAACUAGAAGAAUUAGCCGAAUGA